AUGAUCAGCAACGUAGUGGACUAUGCGAAGUGGCUGCGGUGCAUGAUGGCCCAGAGCGGGCCGUUAAGCCGGGCCGGACAUGCGGCGCUUGUGUCGCCGCGGGUGGUGUCCAUGACUGGAGCGACGAAUCUGUUCCCGGGGCCGCAUCUGUACGCGCUCGGGUGGCGGGUGGAUUCCUACCGGGGGCAGACGAUUGUGUGGCACACGGGGAGUAUUGGGGGGUUUGGGUCUGUGAUGAUGUUUCUGCCUGGGCGGGACUGGGGGUUGGUUGUCAUGGGCAAUUCGACGGUGACGAGUAACCAGAUGCAGCAGGUUUUGUAUAUGUAUUUGUUGGAUGGGUUGCUGGGCACGCCGCUGGGGGAGCGCGUGGAUUGGGGAGUGGUUAUUAGGGAGAAGAUGGAGAGGCGGCGGCGGGAGUUGGCUUCUGCGAGGGAACGGAUUUACCCGGUCUUGCCUUGUCCUGUUUUGAGGCCGGCGUUGGAGGUGUGGGAGUAUACGGGGGGUUAUUGGCAUCCUGGGUAUGGGGCGAUGGAUUUGGUGCUUGAUGUUGGGGGGAAGGCGCUCGUUGCUGAUCGCCGGAGUCAGGAGUUUAGCAUGAUGGUUGCGAUGGAGCAUGUCAGUGGGGAGUUUUGGUUGGCGAGGUUGCAGGAGAGGUACAAGGAUCCUCGCGAUUAUGAGGUUGUGCGCGCCGAGUUCAGACUUGGUCCGGAGGGCGUGAGAGAAGUUGGUGUCGAUCUGGAGCCGACGAUGGAUGGGGAGUUGAUCUGGUUUCGGAGGAUGGAUUGA